UGGUUCCCGCCGCCCCUCCGCGCCGAGAUGAAGCACAUCGUGGGCAUCGGAGGCAUGACCAACAGCGGCAAGACCACGCUGACCACCAGUCUGCUCAGGUCGCUGCCCAACUGCUGCGUGAUCCACCAGGAUGACUUUUUCAAGCCCCAAGACCAAAUAGCAGUUGGGGAGGACGGCUUCAAACAGUGGGACGUGCUGGAGUCGCUGGACAUGAGGGCCAUGCUGAGCACUGUCCAGGCCUGGGUGAGCAGCCCCCAGAAGUUCGCCCGCGCCCACGGGGUCAGUGUCCAGCCGGAUGCCCCGGACACGCACAUCCUCCUUCUGGAAGGCUUCCUGCUCUACAGCUACAAGCCCCUGCUGAACUUGUACAGCCGGCGGUACUUCCUGACCGUCCCGUAUGAAGAAUGCAAGAGACGGAGGAGUACUCGAAGCUACGAGGUCCCCGAUCCCCCUGGGCUCUUCGACGGCCACGUCUGGCCCAUGUACCAGAAAUACAAGCGGGAGAUGGAGGCCAACGGCGUGGAAGUGGUGUACCUGGACGGCAUGAAGUCCCGCGAGGAGCUCUUCCAGCAAGUCCUGGAAGACAUUCAGAACCUGCUUCUGAACCGCUCCUAGGCGUGGCUGGAGAGCAGGGGCCACACGCGUCUCCAGCCACAGCGCGGCCAGGCCGGCGGCGUCCCAGCCGGACACCGCGUGACCGUUUCCCUUUGGGGACGUCUGUACAGGGGAGGGUGGAGGCCCCCCUCACAGCUCAGCAUCUCGGGGCCCCGGGAUCCCCCCCGAGAUGCCUUUGUAACCUCACAGCCACUUAAGUAUUAAACCUGGUCCUGUUUUUAU